GAAGUUAAUCUAAAUGAGAGAAUUAUAGAAAAUUGGUUUCUCUCAUUGUACCUAAAUCUCUCAGUGGCUUUUCAAAAAUAUGGAACAUACCGUCAACAGGAGGAAGUUAUGCAAUGCUGGGAUGUAAGAGGAGCAUCUUGAGGCUGCAAUCAACUAUAAAAGGAUCCCUGGUAUCAAGUGGGUUCUGACUGGGUUCAGCCAUUAUCAGCUCUGAGGACAAAUGCUAGAAGCACUGACAAACACCUGGUGAUAUAGUACAAAGUAUCAACAGCUUCAUGGCUAAUGAAACAUCAUCUCCGGAUUCAAGUAAUACUACAGAAUGCUUUGAUAUCUUUCACCAGACAAUGGCUACGAAGCGGUUUCUGCCACUUGCCUAUUCGUUAAUUUUUGUCACUGGAAGCAUCGGGAACAUCCUAGCUCUGUGGAUUUUUAUAAAGCGUGUUCGUACUAAAUCUGCAAUACAUGUUUAUUUGAUAAACCUCAUCUUUUCCAAUCUGUUACUUUGUAUGAUCAUGCCUUUUCUGAUUGCAUACUUUGCAGAAGGUCAAUCCUGGUUGUCAGACUCAGCAAUGUGCACCGCUGUCCGUUUUGCGACUCCCAUCUUUUACAUCAGCCUAUAUUUCACCAUCUUAAUUCUGUGCUGGGUUGCAUUAAGUCAAUAUGCAACAUUGACAAAUUACAGCCAAUGUCAGAACUGCCCAAUUUUGAAGAAAUUCAACCAUUUUCGUAUUCUAAAAAGGUUCCGGGAGGUACCGUUUGCAAAAGUAUUGUGUAGCUCUGUUUGGCUCACAGUCAUAUGUGUGUUAGGCCCCAUCACGUUAUAUUACAGUAUCACAGAGUCCAAAUAUGAACAUCGUGAACAUCAAGAAUCUUGCUACAACAUCAAUGUGGAAAUAGGUGCAUCAGUUAGCGGAAAUGCAAGCUUUGUUGCUAUAUUUUUCUUUUACUUGUGCUUCUUGGUAUUAUUAGCAUUGAAUGUUUCCCUAGUGUACCACGUGUACAUCAUUCAAAAAAACUCAACUAUUGAACAGAAACACCUCGUUUACAAAAACGUGCUCAGAAAAAUAUCAAUCAUUCAAGUUAUGUUUGCCAUCUGCUUUCUUCCAUAUCAUAUUUACAGACCAAUAUUUCUUGAACUCAUUCCAAAUAGUGACUGCAAACAAAAAAGUCUUCUAGUGGAAAUUAAAAAUCUAUUGAUCUUCUUGGCAGCACUUAGAAGUAGCACAGACCCUUUUGUGUACAUUCUAUUGAAUAAAUCAUUUCGAUUGAAUCUAUGUAGCAUUUUACAAAGAUCACAAACUCAAAGUAUAACCUUAUCGUCCAUCCAUCAAACAGCAGAACAGUCACAUGCAUUUACAAAGGUGGAACAUGGGAAUAGAAACUCCUUACUACCCAACAACAAAGUCUAAUAUCCAUUGUAUACAUUUUUGAAAAACUGCCACCUAAUAUUUGAUAUAAUGUAAACCAUCAAUAAGCUUUCCUGAAGCCAGGCAAUUUAAAAAAGCACUUUACGUCACAAAUGACUUCACAGGGAAUAAUCCAUAUGUUUGAUAUGGCACCUUUUAU